UCCCUUCCUUCCUCUCCUAUAUCUAUAUCGAUCGAUCGAUCUCCACGGUGGCGGCUGGCUGGUCGGCGGACCCCAACGCGAGGGUGACGGCGGCGGCGGCGGAGGAGGAGGACGAGGAAGAGGAGGAGGAGAGGAGGGUUUGGGACUGAAUCCGCGCGUACCAUGGCGGAGCAGCAAGAGGACAGCUUUGAUCUUCCAUUGUUUGUGGAGGAGGAAGAUGAAGCAGGAGCGGCGGCGAAGCAGAGGCGGCGGGAGCAGAGCCAGAAGCCCCGGCGGCCUCGGGCGCCGUCGUUUCUGGACACGCCGGAGGUGAAGGAGAGGCGGGCGAGGAGCAGUGCUUUGGCGGCCAAGUAUUGGGAGCACGACCCCAAGACAGGAAUCAGCUACUACACCCGCGCCUGCUUCCGCGACCUCACCACCUUCGACCUCGACAAGGAGACGCAAUAUGGUCCAAUGCGCUUUACGGAUUCAAUUAUCAACAAGGACCACAUGUUGACUAGCUCGUUGAAUGUACUUUCUCUGAAGGUAAAAUCAUCAGAUGUUGGUUAUCCUAUCAAUCUAUAUGGGACUGUGAUAGUCAGAGAUGGAUUAGAUUUUAACUGCAUCUUCAUCUUCCGGCGCAAUAGGGACAAUUGCCAAGUUAUCCAGUCAGAGAAUGAAAAUAUAAUUCUCACGGGCCCAACUAGAGGAAUUGUUUUCCAUGGUGAAAUCUUUUUUGAGAUAAAUUUGAAGAUUAAGGAAAAUGAAGAGUGCAAUGACAAAGAAUUUAGUAAAGGAUUGCUUGAGAUGAAGGUUUACACUCGUAAGUCUAUGAUUGUGAGUGAAACCUUGGAGAGUAGGCUCAGUGAGGUGGAGCUUGUAUCUGCUUCUGUUAAGGAAGCCUUGGAGGGCACUGUCGAGAUCAAUAUUCUGUCAGGGCCUGAAGUUUUUCAUGGAAAAAUUACUGCUUGCACAACAGAUGUUCCAAAUGAUAUUAUACUGUAUGAUAGUGAUGUUGAUGAUGCAACUACAGUGGGUGAUGACAGAGUUAUGCAACUGCUGCGACGUGUUGUAGUAGUAUCAGUAAAUGAGAUGUUGAUACUGAAUAUUGACGCCCAUAAUAUUCAUCCGAAUGAUAAUUUAUCCAGUCGCACUUUGAGGUUCACUCCAUUUACUAGAGGGUUGGAUGAGGAGGUGAUCAGCUGUGGUCUUUACAAGAUGCGGGUGAAAGUUGUUUGGUCAACCUUGAUGAUGGAUUAGAAUAUAUAGUUAAUUAAAUUCUCUACUGGGCAUCUUUUUACAGAUGAAUUAGAAUAUACUCUAUUGGGCCCUUGUUUUACAGAACUUGUAGCUAAUGCUAAACUUGGUGGUGUAAAUAAUCAACCUUUUAAACUAGAUAUUUUUAUCUUAAGAGAAGGAUUUUGGUAUGAAUUUGAAUGGAAGUUAUGAUUUAAAUUGGAUACUUGGACUUGGUAAAUUCGAAGGAA